AUGGUCACCCUGAUGGUCACUCUGAGGGUCAGCCUGAUGGUCACUCUGAUGGUCACUCUGAGGGUCAGCACGCUGGUCACUCUGAUGGUCACCCUGAGGGUCACCCACGGGGUCACUCUGCUGGUCACCCUGAUGGUCAGCACGCUGGUCACUCUGAGGGUCACUCUGCUGGUCACUCUGAGGGUCACUCUGAUGGUCAGCACGCUGGUCACUCUGAUGGUCACUCUGCUGGUCACUCUGAUGGUCACUCUGAUGGUCACCCUGAUGGUCAGCACGCUGGUCACUCUGAUGGUCACCCUGCUGGUCAUUCAGCUGGUCUUCCUGAUGGUCACUCUGAGGGUCACCCGCGGGGUCACUCUGAUGGUCACCCGCGGGGUCACUCUGAUGGUCACUCUGAGGGUCACUCGCAGGGUCACCCUGACGGUCAGCACGCUGGUCAUUCUGCUGUUCUUUCUGAUGGUCACUCUGCUGGUCAUUCUGCUGGUCACCCUUGUGGUCACCACGCUGAUCACUCUGCUGGUCACUCUGCUGAUCUUUCUGCUGGUCACCCUGAGUUGUGGCAGCGCGCCCGCGGGUGGCAGCGCGCCAGCCCCAGCCCGCACUCGUCCACGUCCGGGCACCACUGAGGGUCACUCUGAGGGUCACUCUGAGGGUCACUCUGAGGGUCACUCUGAGGGUCAGCCUCAUGGUCACCCUGAUGGUCACUCUGAGGGUCAGCCUGAUGGUCACUCUGAUGGUCACUCUGAGGGUCAGCCUGAUGGUCACUCUGAUGGUCACUCUGAGGGUCAGCACGCUGGUCACUCUGAUGGUCACCCUGAGGGUCACCCACGGGGUCACUCUGCUGGUCACCCUGAUGGUCAGCACGCUGGUCACUCUGAGGGUCACUCUGCUGGUCACUCUGAGGGUCACUCUGAUGGUCAGCACGCUGGUCACUCUGAUGGUCACUCUGCUGGUCACUCUGAUGGUCACUCUGAUGGUCACCCUGAUGGUCAGCACGCUGGUCACUCUGAUGGUCACCCUGCUGGUCAUUCAGCUGGUCUUCCUGAUGGUCACUCUGAGGGUCACCCGCGGGGUCACUCUGAUGGUCACUCUGAUGGUCACUCUGCUGGUCACCCGCGGGGUCACUCUGAUGGUCACUCUGAGGGUCACUCGCAGGGUCACCCUGACGGUCAGCACGCUGGUCAUUCUGCUGUUCUUUCUGAUGGUCACUCUGCUGGUCAUUCUGCUGGUCACCCUUGUGGUCACCACGCUGAUCACUCUGCUGGUCACUCUGCUGAUCUUUCUGCUGGUCACCCUGAUGGUCAUCAUGCUGGUCACUCUGAUGGUCACUCAAGUGGUCACUCCGGUAGCCAUUGGGGUCACUGUGCUGGUCACUCCGCCGGCCAUUGGGGUCACUCUGCUGGCCACUCUGCUGGUCACGCCGGUGGCCAUUGGGGUCACUCUGCUGGCCACUCUGCUGGUCACUCCGGUGGCCAUUUGGGUCACUCUGCUGGCCAUUGGGGUCACUCUGGUGGUCACUCUGAGGGUCAUUCAAGUGGUCACUCAGGUGAUCACUCCGGUGGCCGUUGGGAUCACCCUGCUGGUCAUUCUGUCGGUCACUCUGCUGGUCACUCUGGUGGCCAU